AGCCCUGGAAACAAAGAAACCCGAGCGGCCGUGCAGCCUAGACAGAGCGCUGCGCUCAGCGGACAGCCGCUCCAUCCCUGGACCAAGAAUCCCGAGCUGCCUGCCCCCUCCCUUCCCGCUUCCCUCCUUCCCUCCUCCCUCCCUUCCUGCUUCCCUCCCUCCCUCCCUGCUUCCCUCCCUCCCCUCCAUCUCUGGCGCUGGGAGGAAGGCGAACGGGGCUCAAGAUGGCUUUAGCCCUGGUGGGCUCCCGGCUGGGCGCCCUGCUGAGCUGCUGCUGGGUCCCUGCGGCCGUCCUGGCCGCCGCCGCGGGGGACGGGGACCCAUCCAAGGAGCUCGAGUGCAAGGUCAAGACCAUCACCGUGUCGGCGCUGCCUUUCCUGCGGGAGAACGACCUGAGCAUCAUGCACAGCCCCUCGGCCUCCGAGCCCAAGCUGCUGUUCUCCGUGCGCAACGACUUCCCCGGGGAGAUGGCCGUGGUGGACGACCUGGAGAACACCGAGCUGCCCUUCUUCGUGCUCGAGAUCUCUGGGAACACAGAGGACAUCCCCCUGGUGCGCUGGAGGCAGCAGUGGCUGGAGAACGGCACCCUGCUGUUCCACAUCCACCAUCAGGAUGGGGCCCCGAACCUGCCCGGCCUGGACCCGACUGAAGAACCCCAGAGCGAGUCGGCCGAAGAGGAGCUGCGGAUCUUGCACAUCUCCGUCAUGGGGGGCAUGAUUGCUCUGCUGCUCUCCAUCCUGUGCCUGGUGAUGAUCCUCUACACCCGCCGGCGCUGGUGCAAGCGGCGCCGGGUGCCCCAGCCCCAGAAGAGCGCCAGCGCUGAGGCAGCUAAUGAGAUCCACUAUAUUCCAUCGGUGUUGAUUGGAGGGCACGGGCGCGAGAGCCUGCGCAACGCCCGUGUGCAGGGCCACAACUCGAGCGGCACCCUGAGCAUCCGCGAGACGCCCAUCUUGGAUGGCUACGAGUAUGACAUCACCGACCUGCGACACCACCUGCAGCGUGAGUGCAUGAACGGCGGGGAAGACUUUGCCAGCCAGGUGACCCGCACCCUGGACUCGCUACAAGGCUGCAACGACAAGGCCGCGAUGGACCUCACCCCAGGGAGCGACAAUGCCAAGCUGUCCUUGAUGAACAAGUACAAGGACAACAUUAUUGCCACAAGCCCAGUGGAUUCCAAUCACCAGCAGGCAACUCUGCUGUCCCACACGUCCAGCAGCCAGCGUAAACGGAUCACAAACAAAGCCCGAGCUGGAUCUGCAUUUCUCAAUCCCGAAGGGGAUUCCGGAACAGAAGCAGACAAUGACCCACAGCUGACCUUUUACACAGACCCAUCCCGGAGCAGGCGGCGAAGUAGAGUGGGCUCCCCGCGCAGUCCCGUGAAUAAAACCACUCUGACUCUGAUCAGUGUCACCAGCUGUGUGAUUGGUCUGGUUUGCUCCUCGCACAUGAGCUGUCCCCUCGUGGUCAAAAUCACCCUGCACGUCCCGGAGCACCUGAUUGCCGACGGAAGCCGUUUCAUCUUGCUGGAGGGCAGCCAACUGGAUGCCAGUGACUGGCUGAACCCAGCCCAGGUGGUGUUAUUCUCUCAGCAGAACUCCAGCGGGCCAUGGGCCAUGGACCUCUGUGCCCGGCGGCUGCUGGACCCCUGCGAACACCAGUGUGACCCUGAAACCGGUGAUUGCCUUUGCUACGAGGGUUACAUGAAGGAUCCGGUCCACAAGCACCUCUGCAUCAGGAACGAGUGGGGCACCAACCAAGGACCUUGGCCUUACACAAUAUUUCAGCGUGGAUUUGACUUGGUCUUGGGAGAGCAGCCUUCAGAUAAGAUAUUCAGGUUCACUUACACUUUGGGAGAGGGCAUGUGGCUGCCCCUGAGCAAGAGCUUCGUCAUUCCGCCAGCGGAGUUGGCCAUCAACCCCUCCGCCAAGUGCAAGACGGACAUGACGGUGAUGGAGGAUGCGGUGGAGGUCCGAGAGGAGCUGAUGACUUCCUCCUCCUUCGACAGCCUGGAGGUUCUCCUGGAUUCCUUCGGACCCGUCCGCGACUGCACCAAGGACAACGGUGGCUGCAGUAAGAACUUCCGCUGCAUCUCAGACCGCAAGUUGGACUCCACCGGUUGUGUGUGCCCGUCGGGACUCAGCCCCAUGAAGGAUGGCACCGGCUGCUACGACCGCCACGUGGGGGUGGACUGCUCGGAUGGGUUCAACGGAGGCUGUGAGCAGCUCUGUCUCCAGCAAAUGGCGCCCUUCCCUGAAGAUCCCGCGUUGUACAAUAUCCUGAUGUUCUGUGGGUGCAUCGAGGAUUACAAACUUGGGGUGGAUGGGCGCUCUUGCCAGUUGAUUGCGGAGUCCUGCCCAGAGGGAGGAGAUUGUGGUGAGAGCCGGGAGCUGCCUAUGAACCAGACUUUGUUUGGCGAGAUCUUCUUCGGUUACAACAACCACUCUAAGGAGGUGGCCCCCGGUCAGGUGCUGAAAGGAACAUUCAGGCAGAACAACUUCGCCCGGGGCCUGGAGCAGCAGCUGCCGGAUGGCCUGGUGGUGGCCACGGUUCCCCUGGAGAACCAGUGCCAGGAGGAGAUCUCGGAGCCCACGCCAGACCCAGACUUCCUGACGGGGAUGGUGAACUUCAGCGAGGUUUCUGGGUACCCUCUCCUGCAACACUGGAAAGUCCGCUCUGUCAUGUUUCAUGUCAGGCUCAACCAAGUGACCAUCUCACAGGCCCUCAACAAUGCCCUCCACUCUCUGGAUGGGGCCACCUCCCGAGGAGACUUUGUGGCCCUGCUGGACCAGUUUGGGAACCAUUACAUCCAGGAGGCAGUCUAUGGCUUUGAGGAGUCCUGCUCCAUCUGGUACCCUAACAAGCAGGUUCAGCGCCAGCUCUGGCUUGAAUAUGAAGACAUCAGCAAAGGUAACUCACCCUCAGAUGAGUCGGAAGAGCGGGAGCGCGACCCCAAGGUCCUGACCUUCCCAGAGUACAUUGCCAGCCUGUCCGAGUCAGGCACCAAGCGCGUGGCAGCAGGGGUCCGCCUGGAGUGCCGAAGUCGGGGCCGGUGCCCCUCAUCCUGCCCGCUCUGCCAUGUGACCUCUGGCCCGGACACACCCGCUGAGCCAGUCCUGCUGGAGGUGACCAGGGCGGCGCCCAUCUAUGAACUGGUCACCAACAACCAGACCCAGAGGCUGUUGCAGGAGGCUACAAUGAGCUCUCUCUGGUGCUCCGGCAGUGGAGACGUCAUCGAGGACUGGUGUCGCUGUGACUCCAGUGCUUUUGGGGCUGACGGGCUCCCGACCUGCGCACCCCUCCCACAGCCUGUGCUGCGGCUGUCCACCGAGCACGAGCCCAGCAGCACCCUGGUUGUGCUGGAGUGGGGCCACUCCGAACCCCCCAUCGGGGUGCAGAUCGUCGACUACCUCGUCCGGCAGGAGAAAGUCACCGAUAGGAUGGACCAUUCCAAAGUGGAGACAGAAACUGUGCUCAGCUUUGUGGAUGACAUCAUCUCGGGAGCCAAGUCACCCUGUGCUAUGCCAUCUCAAGUGCCCGACAAGCAGCUCACCACCAUCUCUUUGAUUAUCCGCUGCUUGGAGCCUGACACUACCUACAUGUUCACCCUGUGGGGAGUGGACAACACUGGCAGACGCUCCAGGCCGAGCGAUGUGACGGUCAAGACCCCCUGCCCUGUGGUGGACGACGUGAAAGCGCAAGAAAUAGCAGACAAGAUCUACAAUCUGUUCAAUGGGUACACCAGCGGCAAGGAGCAGCAGACGGCCUAUAAUACCCUACUAGAUCUCGGUUCCCCCAGCCUGCACCGGGUCCUCUACCACUACAACCAGCACUACGAGAGCUUUGGAGAAUUCACCUGGCGCUGCGAGGAUGAACUGGGCCCCAGGAAAGCCGGGCUCGUCCUGUCGCAGCUCGGUGACCUGAGCGCCUGGUGCCACGUGCUGCUGCGGGAGCCCCGGAUCAGCUUGCAGCGCGCCUCCCUCAAGUUCCUGGCCUGCCGCUACAGCGAGAUCAAGCCCUACGGGCUCGACUGGUCACAGCUCAGCCGGGACCUCCGCAAGACGUGCGAGGAGCAGACGCUGAGCGUCCUCUACAACAACUACGGCGACCCCAAGGACAACUAGGGUCGGCCGCUGGGGC